AUGGACUAAAUAAAUUUUACAUUAUAUUUAUUAUCUUAAAAAAUCUAUAAAAUAAAUUAUAAAAAAAAAUUUCAAGUAAAAAUUUAAUAGAAAAUUUAAUAAAUAUAUUAAUAUAUAUAUUAAUAUAUAAUAUUUUUAAAUAUUUUUUUUUUUAUAUAUCCUUUAUUAAAAAAAUAAUAAUAAUAUUUUACAACGAAAUACAAUUUACAAAAAAAUGAAAACUUAGACAAAAAUAAAUCCUAAAAAUAAAGGUCUAAAUUAAAAAAUUACAAAAUAAAUUAUAUAUAUUAUUAUAAAAAACAAAAAGAUUUAUUAAAAAAUAAGCUAAUAAUAUAUUUAAAAGAUUUUUAAAAAUUAAACGAUUGGCCCUCAAUAAACAAUUGGCUUUUAAAACUAGAACAAGUAUUUAAAGAAUACCCUACUCCUUAUAUAGAAGAAUAAAAAUAUACAUUAGGAAAAAGACUAAGUUAAUGCUUAAAUUACAAUUUACCUAUAGAGACACAUAAGUCAACAUUAAAAAUAUACAGAAUAAUAUUCGAAAACUUAUAUUUAUUAAAAGAUUCAAAUGAAGAAAAUGGUGAAAAUGGUGAAAAUGGUGAAAAUAGUGAAAAUAGUGAAAUUAAUCAAAAUGAAUACAAAAAAUACAUAGCAAACAAUUUAACAAUAUUUACUUUAGGUUUAUUUCCUUUUUUUUAAUAAGCAUCAAUUUAAUUAAAACCAGAUAUAUUAGAUAUAAUAGAAAAAUAUUUUUUUCCUUUAGAAAAAGAACUAACUCCAUGUGCUUCUGGUUUAAUAGUAAGCAUUCUUCCAGGAAUGAUAGAAAACAGUGAACCUUUAUAAAGAAAAACACAAUAAAUAUUCGAAUAACUAUAAGAAAUAAUAGGUAAAAAAUAUGUAUAUGGAAUUCUUUGGAUGAGUAUUUUAAGAAUUCCUUCAGUUCGAAUAGCAGCUUAUACUUGUUUGACUAAAUUAUUUAAAAAACAAGAAAAGAACAUAUAAUUAAGCAAUUAUGAAGAAAAAGAAAUCCAAUAAAAUUUAAAAGAAAGCAAAUUUUUAUCCGAAGAAGAACAAUAAUCCCUUAACAACCUAAGAUUCCCAAAUAAAAGUGCCUUAAUUGUAAACGCAUUAAUUUCAACUUUAGAAGAUGAAAAUAAUAUAUGUAAAAGAUGUGGUUUAGAUUUUUUAAUUAAUUAUUUUCCCAUAAAAGAAAACGCAUUAAGUGAAAACGAUAAAUUCUUAAUAACAUAAAGUAUGUUACUUCUCUUAAUAAAAAACGAAUAUUCAAUAGUAUGGAAAAUACAUCUUUGGCUUUUUGGAGAACCAGAUACUGAUUCCAAAUUUUAGGCAAAUGAUGUUAUUAUUGAUCUUUAUUUUGUAGAAGGAAUGAAAAGGACUUUUUAAUUAAAUAAUAAUUUUACAGAUUUAUGUAUUCCUUUGAAAAUUCUUUAAACUUUUUAUCUUAAAAAUAAUCAUAUGAUACCUUAAACUUUGAAAGGAAUUUCUUUCUUUUUAAUUUAGUAUAUUUUCUUUUACUAUAAUUAAAAUUAAGUAAAAUAUAUAUAUAUUUUUAUUUUUUAUUUAAAUUUAAGGAUAUUUAAAAAAGCUCUUAAAGAUUACUUGAAAGUAUAUAAAGUCAUUUUGAUGUUAUUUUCGCUAAACUUUGUGAUGUUUUAAAUUAAAAAGGUGGAAAGGAAGUACUUUAAUUAAUCGAAUUUGCAUUCUCCAAUUUAUAUAUGUCUUACGAGGAAAUUGAUUAAGAAGAUAUGA